CUCAGUCACAGCCCUCCCCUCCCCGCCCCCUCCCCUCCUCUCCCCGCCCGGUUCUUCUCUUCCCGUCUGAGGUGGCGGCCGGUCUCGCCUUGUCGCCAGCUCCAUUUUCCUCUCCUUUCGCUUCCACUUUCCUUCGCGCCGAAAGCGCCUCCCAGCCUCGUAGGGUGGUCACGGAGCCCCUGCGCCUUUUCCUUGCUCGGGUCCUGCGUCCGCGCCUGCCCCGCCAUGAAUGAGGAGUACGACGUGAUCGUGCUGGGCACCGGCCUGACGGAAUGUAUCCUGUCAGGUAUAAUGUCAGUGAAUGGCAAGAAAGUUCUUCAUAUGGAUCGAAAUCCUUACUAUGGAGGAGAGAGUGCAUCUAUAACACCACUGGAAGAUUUAUACAAAAGAUAUAAAAUACCAGGAUCACCACCCGAGUCAAUGGGGAGAGGAAGAGACUGGAAUGUUGACUUGAUUCCCAAGUUCCUUAUGGCUAAUGGUCAGCUGGUUAAGAUGCUGCUUUAUACAGAGGUAACUCGCUAUCUGGAUUUUAAAGUGACUGAAGGGAGCUUUGUCUAUAAGGGUGGAAAAAUCUACAAGGUUCCUUCCACUGAAGCAGAAGCCCUGGCAUCUAGCCUAAUGGGACUGUUUGAAAAACGCCGAUUCAGGAAAUUCCUAGUGUAUGUUGCCAACUUCGAUGAAAAAGAUCCGAGAACUUUUGAAGGCAUUGAUCCUAAGAAGACCACAAUGCGAGAUGUGUAUAAGAAAUUUGAUUUGGGUCAAGAUGUUAUAGAUUUUACUGGUCAUGCUCUUGCACUUUACAGAACUGAUGACUACUUAGAUCAACCAUGUUAUGAAACCAUUAAUAGAAUUAAACUUUACAGUGAGUCUUUGGCAAGAUAUGGCAAAAGCCCAUACCUUUAUCCACUCUAUGGCCUUGGAGAACUGCCCCAAGGAUUUGCAAGGCUAAGUGCUAUUUAUGGAGGUACCUAUAUGCUGAAUAAACCCAUUGAAGAAAUCAUUGUGCAGAAUGGAAAAGUAAUUGGUGUAAAAUCUGAAGGAGAAAUUGCUCGCUGUAAGCAGCUCAUCUGUGACCCCAGCUAUGUAAAAGAUCGGGUAGAAAAAGUGGGCCAGGUGAUCAGAGUUAUUUGCAUCCUCAGCCACCCCAUCAAGAACACCAAUGACGCCAACUCCUGCCAGAUCAUUAUUCCACAGAACCAAGUCAAUCGAAAGUCAGAUAUCUACGUCUGCAUGAUCUCCUUUGCGCACAAUGUAGCAGCACAAGGGAAGUACAUUGCCAUAGUUAGUACAACUGUGGAAACCAAGGAGCCCGAGAAGGAAAUCAGACCAGCUUUGGAGCUCUUGGAACCAAUUGAACAGAAAUUUGUUAGCAUCAGUGACCUCCUGGUACCGAAAGACUUGGGAACAGAAAGCCAGAUCUUUAUUUCCCGCACAUACGAUGCCACCACUCAUUUUGAGACAACGUGUGAUGACAUUAAAAACAUCUAUAAGAGGAUGACGGGGUCAGAGUUUGACUUUGAGGAAAUGAAGCGCAAGAAGAAUGACAUCUAUGGGGAAGACUAACAGCAGUACAUGUUAUCUAAUUAGGACACAUUUAAAAUUUGGCAAAUAAUGCAUAUGAUAAUGAAAUCAAUAUUGUAAGGCCUGCUUUUGUAAUGAAAAUGGAGAGAAUGAAGAGCGCUGUGCCAGUAAAUACUCCCCCCUUCAUCUUUCUAAUUAUUAACUUGUUUUCAUGGAGUGGCUAUUCAGCAUUGGCAGUUACCACGUUCUGUUCAAUUCAACCAAACUGGCUUUUUUUUUUUUUUUCCUAGUGAAGGAUCAAUUUUAAACAAACAUUGGGAUACCGAUACAGACAACUUGAGACAGUUUUUUUUUAUCUUUUAAUCAGUGUAGCUAUGUGCUUAUGCUGCUCAAGAGCUGGAUCCAUACAGGUUGUGUGCCAUCUGUCCUCUUGAGGUUCAAGAGAUUCUAAAUUGAAUAUUCCACGGUUUGGGACAGCAUCCAGAAGUUUUCCCUAUGACUUUAUAUUUUGUAUUAUGUCAAAUGUUAUGGCAGGGCCCAAAUAGAAUAGCCACAAAUUUGGUUUAUGUGGGCAUAAAAUUCUAACCAAACUCUAGACACAGGGAGUCAUUUGGAGAAAGCCUGUAUGUGGUGUUUUAACCUAAUAAAGUUGAUGAGAGAGAAGGGGAGAGGAAGCGAACAUAAAGCGGGUAAAGUGUAGCGCAUCUUUUGUAUCUCAGGUGUGGCUUCUUCAGUGGACCAAGCUGCAAUGCAGUAUUGACUUGACAGAGCCUCUACUUCUGUCUCAAAAUGGCUCCAAAUGAUUUCUGUACUGCAAAAUAAAGCCAAAUUCUGGAAACUA